GCGUGAAGAGCUCCGUGCCCCUUGUCAAAGUUCGUGCGUGCAUUGCAAAGGGUUGCUUCACAUGCAAGCGCCUUAUGUCAGCCAAUUCCGCGCAAGUUGUCGCUACGUACAGGUGAGGCAGCCAUCAACGAAUGAUUUGCCAGCAACAGCUCAGCAACAGGGACAUUUCAUUCGCCUAUGUGUGUGCUGCAUGCAUUCAAUCAUUAAUAUGUUGUUCUCAGCUGAGGGAGGGGCGGUUCCACUUUUCGACUGCUUGAGCAUGCCGUGCAACGUUGUUGAUCACCUGCGGAAGGAACAAUAAAGGACGGGCGCGCUCUCCUGGUUGUUGACAUCUUUGAUGAUCAAGUUGUGCGUGUACCCACUUCAAGCUCAUCAUGAUCACAAUCGUCGCACUCGUCGCAUCGGCGGGUAUCGCGUUCCUUCUAUUCAAGCUCGCAACCGCGAAGCCCAAAAAUCUCCCUCCUGGUCCAAAAGGUGUUCCGCUUCUCGGAAAUAUCUUCGAUCUGCCACCAAAAGGCAGUCGAGACUGGGUGCACUGGGAGUCGCACAAAGAGCAGUUCGGCAAUGUUACAUCUCUAACCGUCUUUGGCUCCACGAUCAUUGUCCUACACGACUAUGAGAGCGCAUUCGAGAUCCUCGAGAGGAAAUGUGGCUCGAGCGCAGAGCGACCGCAUGCCGAGUUCAUGCAGAACAUAUGCCAUUGGGGCCAUAAUGUCGCGUUGCAGCCGAAGGACGACUACAGGCAUCGUUUAGCGCGGCGACAGUUCCAUGCAUUCAUGGGAACAGCGGCUGCAAUGUCACGACACGAACAUGUCCAAGAUGUCGAGACGCGUAGAUUCCUGCUACGGGUGCUUCGUAAACCGGAGACGUUCUGGCGGCAAAUCCGAAAAGAAGCUGGCUCAGUGAUUCUUGACCUGGCUUAUGGGUAUACUGCCGAGCCGGAGGCGAAUGACCCAUUGGUGGACCUCAUAGAGACGGCACUGGAGCAGAUCAGUGUCGCCGCGCAGCCGGGCGCGUGGGCUGUUGAUUUUUUUCCCUGGCUAAGAUUUGUGCCGGACUGGUUUCCUGGCAGCGCAUGGAAGCGGACAGGAAAAGAAUUUGCUGCAGCAGCAGACGCAUCCGCGGAGAGACCGUUCAAGUUCGUCGAGAUGAAGCGGGCAAAGGGGACUGCAGUGCCUUCGUUCGUUUCAAAUCUUCACGAUCAAGCAGGAGGCCGGUUGGAAGGAGCGGCAGCCCACAGUGCCAUGUGGACCGCACAGUCGAUGUAUGCGGGGGGCGCGGACACGACUGUCAGUACGACUGCACUGUUCUUCAUGGCAAUGAUGCUUCACCCGGAAGUACAGCACAAGGCUCGGGAAGAGAUCGAUCGCGUUGUUGGCUCAGAGCGCCUACCGGAGAUGGGAGAUCGUGCACGACUGCCAUAUAUCGAAGCGGUCGUCAAAGAGUGCCUACGAUGGCGUCCUGUGCUUCCUGCGGGACUAACACAUAAGCUGACAGCGGACUUUGAAUACGAUGGCUACUUUUUACCGAAGGGCGCCAUGGUGAUUCCAGCUGUGUGGGACAUGGUAAUGGAUUCGAAGCUGUACACGAACCCGACCGCUUUCAAUCCAGACCGUUUCAUGGGGCCACAGCCGGAGAUGGAUCCGCGUAAUAUCAUAUUUGGUUUCGGCCGGCGCAUUUGUCCUGGUCGGCUGCUCGCUCAGUCAUCGGUCUUCUUGACUGUGGCCAAGACGCUGGCGGUGUUUGACAUUGCAAAGGCGCUUGAUGCGAAGGGCAAUGUCAUUGAACCAGACACGCAAAUGGUGGCCGGACUAGUCAGCCAUCCGGCACCUUUUGAGGCGCGAAUUGUGCCUCGUAGUGAUAGGCAUGCUGAGCUGAUCUUGGAAGUUGAAAAGACGCAUCCGGCCAAAGAGAGCAGUGCGAAAGAAUUGGCGACUAUGACUUCGUGGUAGAUUGGUGGCGGUCGGCUUCUAGACAUUCCUCAUAGAACAUUUCGUAAUGUCGGUCAAGUUCAGGUCGCAUCCCCAUCUCACGUCAGUGAGGUGUUCCUGAGGUAUUGCCAGACAGCUUGGCGUGGAUGUCGCGAAGUCAGUGAAGGCGUUGACGCGUAGAGGAUGGAAGGAGGGAGGAGAUGG